CACAGGUCGCAGCGACAAUUGACACGCGACAACACCACGCACUGCCGCCCACCAUGGCCAAGCGACCCGCCGAGGCAGACGACAAGGAGCUCGAGGCCGUCAAAAACGGCGACCGGCCCAUGGACGUGGACGUGGACGAGGCCGGCGAGUUUGCGGACGAGUUCGAGGAUGAGUUCGAGAGCGAGGACGAGAUAUUCGAGGCCGGCGUGGACGGCAGGCCAGACGAGGAGCGGGAAGCAGAGGAGAAAGAGCACGCCAUGGAGGUCGACCAGGGCACCUUCAUACCAGGCCGGCACAAGCUCUCCGCCGGAGAGACCCUCGCGCCCGACCUGUCCACAUACGAGAUGCUCCACACACUAGAAGCCCCCUGGCCCUGUCUUUCUUGCGACAUUGUGCCAGACAACCUGGGCACCGAGCGGAAGACGUACCCUGCAACUGUAUACUCCGUGGCCGGCACCCAGGCAGCCCAAGGGCGGGACAAGGAGAACCAGAUCAUGGUCAUGAAAAUGAGCAGUCUGUCGCGGAUGGAAAAGGAGGGCGACGACGACGACGACGAAGACGAAGACUCCGACGACGAAGGCUCAGACCCCAUCCUCGAGACCAAGUCAAUACCAAUGACCAGCUGCACAAACCGGAUACGCGUACACCAGGCGCCCCAGAGCACAUCAGCGAAGCCCGCGACCACCCUUACCGCUGCCAUGACCGAGUCAGGCCAGGUCCUGAUCCACGACAUCACCCCGCACCUCACUGCCUUCGACACGCCCGGCUCCACCAUCACACCGGCACAGAACAAGCCCGUCAGCACGAUACGAGCACACAAGGCGAACGAGGGAUAUGCGUUGGACUGGUCACCACUCGUACCCGAGGGCAAGCUCCUGACGGGCGACAUCACAGGCAAGAUCUUCACCACCACACGGACGCAGGGCGGCGGCUUUGUCACCGACACCACGCCUUUUACUGGUCACGAAGGCACCGUAGAAGAGCUCCAAUGGUCGCCAAGCGAGAAAACCGUAUUCGCAUCUGCAGGCAACGACGGCACAGUCAAGAUCUGGGAUGCGCGCUCCAAGUCAAGAAAGCCUGCCGUCAGCGUCCAGGUCUCCAAGACAGACGUCAACGUCCUAUCGUGGUCGCACGAGACCGCCCAUCUCCUCGCCUCCGGUGCCGACGACGGUGAAUGGGCCGUCUGGGAUCUCCGGCAGUGGAAGCCAUCCACCUCCCUCUCCUCAAACGCAAAGCCCUCACCCAUCGCCAACUUCAACUUCCACAAGGAGCAAAUCACAUCCGUGGAGUGGCAUCCGACCGACAGCAGUAUCGUCCUCGUAUGUGCGGGCGACAACACACUCACCCUGUGGGAUCUCGCCGUCGAGCUUGACGACGAAGAGAGCAGAGACACGGGCGGCGUCCCGGACGUGCCACCGCAACUGCUCUUCGUGCACUACAUGGAGCAGGUCAAGGAGGCUCACUGGCAUCCGCAGAUUCCGGGCGCCGUCAUGGCCACGGGUGGGUCCGGCUUUGGCGUGUUCAAAACCAUCAGUGUUUAGAUAUCCAAUCUACGUAUGUCAUGUCGCACAGCCCCGCGAACAGCCAACCUUCUUCGAUAUAUUUUGUGCCUGUGUCGUGUUAUCCCAGGCGUUCCGCGGGCUUGCGGCGCUUCUCCUUCGCGCUCGCGUGGUCACGUCCCUCAUUCCUCUCCCUGAUGCGCGUGCGCUUGCCUGAUCCGGUCACAAAGAAGUUUCAGGUAAUC